AUGUAUUCACGACGUCGAGUUCCAAUGAGUCACAUCUCUCGUCCCAUUCAAACUCAAAAUCUUAUGACAUCGUUUCCAACACAACCUUUAGAUCAACAAACAUCCUUUCCGGAACUAGUCGGUCGCAGUUCAAGAGAAGCAGUAGCUUAUCUUUCCGCGCGCGGUCUCUCACCGGUUCUGGUUAGACCAAAUCAACCGAUGACAAUGGACUACCGAAUGGAUCGUGUUCGAGUCGUAGUAGAUCCUUCAAGACGUAUUGUUAUUCAAACGCCAACUGUUGGUUUGAAACCAGCUCUUGUAUUACCGAAUCAACCGGUAUCAAUGGAUUAUCGAACUGACCGAGUUCGUCUUGUGACUGAUCUAUCUCGACGUCGAGUUAUCGAAACUCCUCGUGUUGGCUAA